AUGGCUUCUUUCACUACCAGAAGUAAGAGCAUCAACAUGAUCAUAGUACAGAUCUACGCCCCAACAAACGAUGCUUCGGAUAAUGACAAGGAUGCUUUUUACAGCCGGCUCCAGGGGGUCAUCGACAAACUGCCAAGGAAAGAUGUCAACAUCAUAAUGGGAGAUGCUAAUGCCAAGAUUGGUCAGUACAACGUAGAUUACGAGGGAAUCAUGGGACAACAUGGCCUGGGACAAAUGAAUGAGAACGGUGAGCGAUUUGCAAAUCUCUGUGCUUUCAACAGUCUUGUCAUCGGAGGCUCUGUUUUUCCCCAUAAGAGGAUCCACAAGGCUACUUGGGUAUCACAGGAUGGAAGGACAGAGAACCAGAUUGAUCAUUUUUGUAUCUCUCGUAGGUUCAGGCGUUCACAGGAAGAUGUCCAAAGGGUCACAUCCUUUUACCGACAUCCUCUUGUGUAA